UUCUUCCACCCUGCUGAUCUUUCGGAUUCCGCUCCCCUUCAUCCGAAUCAUCGAUCUUCCCCUUCCCCCGUUCCCUCUCUCUGUCUCUCGUCGGAUGCUUGGCUUUGCAAUGGCUUCGAUCCGGAAGUGAAUGCUGCACGAGAAGCUCGCGUUUGAGCUCAUUAGGGAGUGGGUUGGUGGUCUGAACCGGGUUUUGGGGAUCUGAGUUCGGGAUGAUGCCACCGGUCCCGGGUGGCGAUGGCGGGUCGUCUUUCGAUGGCAAUGUGACAGCCGCGGGAGGGAGUUCUCGUCGAAGUACCUCCCGUUUGAGUCCUAAUUUGCUUCUCGAUCUCGGAAGCAUUGAGAUCAGUGGGAAUUAGUGGUCCGGGCUCUUUUUUUAAUCGCUUCCCUUUCCUCCAAAGAUAAACUUGUACGAGUCUCGCAUUUUUUCUCGAGAUCAUUUCUUUUUGAGCUUUCUCGAGACGUUAUUUUUGUUGGGUUCGUCCUUUUCGAGGAAAAAACCUCAGGGGCUUCAGAGCUGCUGCUUUGAAGUUUCACUAUCAUGACGAAAUUAUUUGCUUUCUUUCACUGCUAGCUCUUUACUUUCUUUUUCGGGGUAAAAAGGAGCAUUUGCAUAGCUCUGAGGGACCGAGUGCUCUCUUCUUUUCUGGGCGAUGUCCCUUCAUCUGUGCGUAUCUAGUGUUUGUUGGAUAGAAGUCAAGAUUUUGGAGCUGCAUAUUUGAUCUUCUUGCCGUAAGUAAGAGCACAGAGAGUUUGGUUUAGUGCGCUCUCCCUUCGUUCUCUUUUCUUUUUUGGGUGAUUGAGGACUUGCUUGGUUUGAGUCGAUCCAUUCUGAACAGUAAUUAGAGCAUAGCUACGCCACUCGAUCCCAGAGCCUUCUUUCUUAGCUCUCAACCGUCCCUGAUGUGUAUUGAGAUGUCUUUUUGUGGAGUUUGCAACAUCAGGGAGGGUGGAUUGGUAGAUGUAAACUCUGGUCACGAGAUAUAGGUUUGUAAACACGGGAAAAGUGCCGGGUGCUGUUGGCAUCCUCACCCGUCGGAACAGCGACUGGUGUGAGUUUGUUAUCGGAGAAGUGGGUCUCUUCUCUCGUGUUCUGGGAGAUUUAUACUGUUCACUGUGGGUUUAUUUGGCUUAAAAAGCAGUAGCAAUUAGUAGUAUCUGAGAUUGACUCUAGCCAAUCUAUGUGUUACUUAUAAUGGGUCAUUCAGCUACUGCCUGGGAUCAGAACUCGGUAUUGGAGGUGGUGAAGGACUGGAACGGAAUUGAUCAAGUGGUUCUUCGUGUGCCACGAGGAGCAUCUGCUCGGGUUAGUUUGCAUGGAGGACAGGUUGUUUCAUGGAAGAAUGAGCGGGGUGAAGAACUCUUGUUCACUAGCAGCAAGGCCAUAUUUAAGCCACCAAAGGCUAUGCGUGGAGGAAUUCCCAUCUGCUUUCCACAGUUCGGAAAUUGUGGAUCACUCGAGCAACAUGGAUUUGCAAGGAACAAAAUGUGGAGCAUCGAUUAUGAUCCUCCACCUCUAAGAAACGAUGAUGGCAAAGAAAAGGUUUCUGUUGACCUGCUGCUUAAGCCAUCUGAAGAUGAUUUGAAGUGCUGGCCACACUGUUAUGAGUUUCGCCUCAGGGUGUCUCUUGCAAUGAAUGGAGUUCUUACCAUGAUAUCACGUGUUAGAAACAUCAACGGGAAACCAUUUAGUUUCUCGUUUGCUUACCAUACAUACUUGUCUGUUUCUGACAUCAGUGAAGUGAGGAUAGAAGGUCUGGAGACACUUGAUUAUCUAGACAAUCUUUGCCAACGCAAACGAUUCACAGAACAAGGAGAUGCUGUAACAUUUGAAUCUGAGGUUGAUCGAAUUUAUCUUGGUUCGCCAAAUGUAAUUGCAGUUCUUGACCAUGAGAAGAAGCGGACUUUUCUAAUAAAAAAGAAAGGACUGCCGGAUGUUGUAGUUUGGAACCCAUGGGAGAAGAAAUCCAAAUCCAUUGCGGAUCUGGGAGAUGAGGAGUACAAGCAGAUGCUGUGCGUGGAUGGUGCUGUGGUCGAGAGACCUAUCACCCUAAAGCCAGGUGAAGAGUGGACAGGGCGCUUGGACAUUUCGUCCAUCCCUUCCACCCACUUCAUUUGAUCAUCUCCAUCACCUGGGAUGCAUGCGAAGGCGCACUAUUUUUAAAUGACAGCCUUCUGUACUGUGUUAGAUCAUGGAUGACAGUCUAUAGAAACAUAUGCAGAACAGCCGAUUAGAUUUGAGCUUAUGUAGCUUAGUUGUAUGCUCAUGCAAACCUUUAAAUUUUGGCUCUAUGUAGUGUUAAAUAGAACAGCAAAAGCUAACUAUAACUAUAUAUAUAUAUAUAAUUCUAAAUCAUUAAAAAA